GUUGAACCUUUAGCUACGCAUAUUCGAGAUGUUUUUAAGUCAGUUUACUUACCAAAAUCACAAGUUUCGAUUGAUGAAAUGAUUGCUAGAUUUAGAGGAAGAAGUGGUUAUACAGUACGAAUUAAAAAUAAGCCCACACCAGAGAGGUAUAAAAUACUUUCAUUGUGCGAUUCAGGAUAUACUUACUGUUUUAUUUUUACCUCCCAUAUUGAAUCUAACACUGAAAUUAAUCCAAUUCCAAAUGUUAAUAAGAUCGGCUGGCAG